AUGUCUGGAAUCGAUUCUGACAGGCUCAUAAAACGGGCUCAAGUGUAUCUCGACCUCAACACUGAAUCUAGCAAUGAUCAGGAUGACAUGGAAGACGAGUCAUUCCUUGCAUCUGAUCAUGAUCCUGACGAUCAUCUUCGCGUACCAACACCAUUGCAGGAUGAGGCUGCAUGGAACAUUUUGGAGGACUAUCUCACCACUGACAUGACCUUCCCUCAAAUGGAGGUGAAGCUUACAGUCACACCUGGGGGGAUUGAAGCCGGCUCUCCCAAUGAAAAACGCGAAGUAUUUUGGAAGCAGAUAUCUGAUGCACCAGUUCAAUCCACGCCAAACACUGUGCUUUUAGAGGACUCUGAUGGAGGAGUAGUUGACCAAACAAUGUCAAUUGUGCAGAGCACUAGGUUGGUGCCAACGUCUGCCCUCCCAACAUGGCUGAUCACUGUUCCAUUUCCCUCAAGGUCACUCCACGUCCCGAAGAGCGAUAUUGGUCAGGACCCUUGUACGCCAUGCCUAUUCAACUCUCCCGGUGGCAAGAUCAUCUAUAAGGAUGGCAGAUACACUUACAUCCAUGGUCUUCUGUCGUUGAAACUUGCCAGGACCGCAGUUGUUGAGAUCGCCAUUCCCACCCCACAGGACAUUGUGAUUCACAGGGAGUCGGGUUGCAAUCCUGCAUUGGUGCAAUCCACUUUGCAUGCAUAUGCUGCACAGCACUGGAUGCAAGAUGACUUGGUACAAAUUACAGCAGGGGAGCUAUGUAAUUGCCUGGGGAAGAUUCUCUGUGUCGACAUGGCAACUUGUUCAACAUUGAUUUACAUGGAAGAAUUACUUCAUGUAGGAAAGGUCUCUUCGACACCGCUCAUGUUUCCCAUCACCAAUCUGGAGAGGAAAUUCCGUGUGGGAGACAAUGUUCAUAUGCUCGCAGAUAGCAUAGAGGCCGUGAACCACAAAGGAAAAAUGGGAAUGGUUGUUGAAGUUGGCAUCAAAGGUAACUCCAUUGUGUUCACUAUCAGAACUUAUUGCUUGGCAACAUACAUUACUGAAUCCAGAAAUUUGAACCCGGGUGACACAUCAGUUUGCCACCAUGACAAUCCUAUGAGAGGUGACUAUGUCGUUGUAGUCGACAGAGUCUAUUGUCUUCAAUUCGGGGAGGUAACUGAGGUUGAUUUAGUGAUGCAGUCACUCACAUUCCUUUCAAGCGAGCUGGGGAUGCUGUCGGUUCCAAUGAGGCAAACAGCAUUUAAUCCCAAUCCAACAGCCCUUCAAUAUACUAAUGAGCGUGGAUAUGAUGUUGUAGCUGGAGAUACUGUUCGAGUCAUUAGAGGUGAACAACUCCACCUAUCGGGCACGGUACGGCACAUGAAUUUGGAAACAAAAAUGUUAACCUUCCAAGUCACGCCUUACACAAAGGUCACUACGUCAAUCACAUAUGUCGCAAGAAUUGGCAGAUGGAGUGAUCGAGAUCUGAUGCAGAGCAUUGUCAGUCAAGAGGUUUUUGUCAUCCGUGGUCCUAUGAAAUCCUACAGAGGCACUCUGCACUUGCUCUCCCAGGACACAUGUGUAGUGGCAGUUGUUCAAAAUUCAAGAAGGGUUUUCCGCCGAGAACAUGUGGUCAGCCGGACAGGAAUUCUCCUUAACAGUGUUCAUUUGCCUCUGAAUCUGCACACUGAUUUCAACAAUUUAAUUCGAGCAUCAUUUAUCCGAGCCCCGCAUGUCGAGCCCCCUCAAACUCUCCAUCCCUCACCUCCCCCUGUUGUUUUGUGCUCUGACCAGCCUGCUGAUCCUGUCAUCGAAUCAUCCUGGGAUGCACAUGCUGAGUCAGUCUUGCAUCACUUGAGCAGCGAGUGUACUGGAACUGCCCCUAAGGACUGCUGGACCAUUGAUGAAGAGGACUUGACAGAACUCCAAAUGAUUCCUCCCAGUGGGGGUUUAUCAACAAGUCCUGCAGACAGCCUUGUUGUAGCUUUACACAAUCCCCACUUAGUUAAGUUGUUUUUUGAUUGGCAUAUGAAGUUCAGGAUAGUAAAGACACACACUGCUGUGUGGUACUCAUCAUAUAUUGAUUGCCUUGUUGACACGCUCGUCCCAAAUCCAUUUGUAUCUCCUCAAGGACUAGUCAAAGAUGGAGACAUUGCCAUCAGGUAUUCCUCCCGAACGAGUAACAAGGGGAUGAAAGUGGACACAAUUCCGGUAGAAGUUCUUGCUCCAGAACCAUCAAACGGGAUCAAACAAGCUAUUCACUUUGAUACAAGGCAAUCAUGCUGGGACUAUCUUUACAACGAGGAAUCUGAGCUCCUCGACACCCCUGUCAAGCGAGGCUGCUCCACUAUGUUAACUCACACGACCAAUGCACGUCAUCGGAUUCCAACCAUCAAUGCUAUGGGCAAGGAGAUGCAAGGUUUCCUUGUUGGUCCGAUGGACGCUGAGGAUUUUCUCCAGGAGUUCCUACCGGUUACCAAGAUUCCAGACAACACCUUCACUUCUGGCGCAUUUGAUACCACAAUAUCUGCUAAAGACAAAGUGCAGGCUUAUGAACCAUUUCUGGUUGCUUUCUGA